AAGAAAGGCAAAUGCUUGAUUUUUCAAUGGCAUUCUCUCUCUCUCUCUCUCUCUCUCCCCUGAAGAUAAAGGAUAUUCUCAAGCUAAGAACCCCCCCAGGCCCCAGGUAAGAAAAAAAAAUUAGAGACAUCAAUAGACAUGAAGCUGGUUUUUCGGUCUUAAUUUUUUUUUAUUGUAUUUGAGAUUGUGAUGUGGGGUAUUUUUUAAAGUAUUUUUUAUUUAAAAAUACAUUAAAAUAACAUGUUUUAAUUCUUUAUAAUAGCACAUAAAAAUAAAAAAUAUUAAUUAAUUAUUUUUUUAAAAAAAUACAAUUCAACAACACUACCAAAAAUGAUGCUUUUUUUAAUUUUCCUGGUGAAGUGAUAUAUGAAUCAACAGGGUUGGACCAAAAAAAAGUACUAAGAGUAGCCGGCCUAUUCUUCCCUGCACUGCACUGCACUGUCACGUCACAGCUGUUGUGAGCUCCAGCUGUCUGGCUAUUGCCUGCCACAAUUUUCUUAACCACCAACAAAUACAAUAUAGCACAGUCCCAUUUUAACUCAUGAUGCUCUGAAUCGAGGUACAGGCCCAUUCUGUGAAGUCAUCUUUUCAAGACCCACAUGCUAGCCCAGGCCAGUUUAGGGCAUGCACUUUUUAACGGCGUUUAAAUUUUCCGUUAACAUCCAGCAAGAGCACCUGACGACGACACGUAUUAGUUAAUUACAGUUCACAGUUUCUUCCUCCUCCUCCUCCUCACUAUUUCUUAUCGAAAAAUCUUGACCUGGUGUGUCUCUGUCCUUCGCAUUCGCAAAUCGCAACAUCUCCUUAGACACUCAAAAUCACUUUUAAAAGCCCUGAUUUCUCACGUAAAUUUUCAAAUUCAAAACCCUUUUCCACUCCAAAAAAUAAAGAAAGAAACCUCCUCCCCCCAUAAACAUUGCUUCUAAUCCUCGCUCCCAAAAUUCCAAAAAAUAAAAUCUCAAAUGAUUUAACAAAAAAAAUUCAAAAUCAAAAUCAAAAUCCGGAAAUCCCCAUUUCCGAUUCCAAUUUGAAGGAAUUAAUUAGGGUUCAAUGGAUCAAAACUACAACGAAUCACAUUCCUACAACAAUCUAAUAACGAACAAAUCAUCUUCAUGGCUCGAAGUCCGGUUAUUCUACGUAAGAGUAACUCCUUGCGUCAUCGAAAGCGUACCAGGCCACCUAACCCUUCGCCAUCUCGGUCGUUCAAUCAGCACUCCACUUGAAAUCAACGGCUCAAAAAUCCCCGCUGCUGAUUCCGCCACCUUAACCCUCCGUCGCGACCGCCUCAACAAGGAAUUGUCAGAGGUCACGUAUGUUAGCACGGACAGCGUGCGAGUCACCUGCGGGGUUGAAUUCGAAGUAUUGGAUAACAAGGAUAUGGUUUUGUGUGGGUCGUUGGAGAGGAUUGAAACGACAUCGUGGGGGAAUAAUGGGAGUGUAGGGGGGUUGGAGAAUGAUGCGAAGACAGGGUGGUGCUUAGAGUGCUGUUUGGCGACUGGUGUUUUUGAAGGGAAAUCGGUGUUUAAAUUGGGGGUUUCGGCGCCCGUGAUCGAGGUUUAUAUUGCUGGUUGUUGUGGAGGUGUUCCGGUGAUUUUGACGAAGACCAUUUUGGUUAGUCCGAGGAAGAAAGCUUCUAGGUAUGCGAUGCUUGAUGCGAUUCCAGAGGAUGAGGAGCUGGACAAUAGGAAGCAAAAUGGUGUUAUUAGUAAUGAGUUGGUUCGACAACGCAAAGUUCAGAUUACUGAAGCCGAAGGUGAUGAUGGCUAUGAUUCAGAUGAGAAAAUCGGAAACAGAUACUACUCACAAGACAUGUAUUAUGGUGAGGAUGGACAACUUUCAUGGUUUAAUGCUGGUGUGAGAGUUGGUGUUGGAAUUGGCCUUGGGAUGUGCCUUGGUGUUGGCAUUGGUGUUGGACUGCUUAUGCGCUCUUAUCAAGCAACUACCCGGAAUUUUAGGAGGAGGUUUUUCUGAACUUCCAUCUAAUUGCUUGCUAUCGUCUAUGAACAAAAACAGUUAGAGAUCAUUCAGAAUUUAGAAGCACGUCUGUAAUAUUGCUCAAUGUAUGAUGUCGAAGAUGUGGAACAGAUAAGGCUGGCUUGAUCUGUUAAGCAUGAGUUCUGGUAAAUGGCGUGGAGCUUGUACAGCAUAUUUGUUUUGUAGUUUUAAGAUCUUUCUUGACAAGGAGACCAGCUUAAAGUUCUUCCUCUCAUUCCUCCAGUUGCUUGUCAGACCAUGAUUUAUAUUGGUACACAUGGAUGUAAUGCAAAUCUGCUUUGACUAUUUGGACUAGCCGAGUUUUGGCGUAGGCUAUGGAGGGAUUGACAGCUUCAAUCGUCUGAUGAACCUGCAAUAGAUGUACAGACCUGUUCACAGGCCUGCAUGGGUUUUUGGUGGUGCGAGUGUGCCUCUAUAAAAAUGCACAUAUUUCUCUGAGUCUUGUAAUAUAUUUGUGUAGCUCUCUAUCUCCCUGCUAGAAGUGUAACGUGGUUUUUCUUCUUUUUUUUCUUUCCUUGCUUCCAACCUAAACUGCUGCUCAUUUUUGCAUUUAAUUAAUUUGUUCCAAGCUGCGUGUUGCCCCCUGAAAUAAUGGAAAGUGUUUUUAACCACA